UUUAUAAGCCAAGUACUCAUCAACAAAAACUGGUUGACUGAGCUUACAGAUUAUUUUAUUAUUUUUAAAUGUGGAUAUCCGUGAUUUUUUAUAAAAUAGAUUCAUGAUUUUCAUAGUAUAGUCGAGAAACUUCCAAAAUAUUAUAUGGAAAACAGGAGUUUACAUCUAAAAAAGUAAAAAAAAAGAUGGGAGACGAGAGCAUAGAAUGCAUAAAAAUUCCAAUGAGAAAGAAAAAACGUAAGCCUAUACGCCUUAGAGAACUUCUAGAAAAUGUUACAAUGACAGGAAUUGCACAAAUUGCGAGAGAACGAAACUGUAGAAGAAUGAUUUUAAAGCUAUUCAUUUUUAUUGCGUGUUUAAUUGGAUUUAUCAUUCAAUUAACCGAAUUUUUUCUUUUCUUUUUCACAUAUCCAACGACUCUGAAUGUUUUAAUAGAGCAUAAAGACACUAAAGAUCUACCAAAACCAAUGGUAACAAUUUGCGACAUGAAUUCUAUUCGACGUAGCAGUUAUUGCAGACAAUUUUCAAAACAAUGUGCUAAACUUAAGAAUAUGAAGAUGUUUUGUGGUCGCUUCCAUCGUUUUUGUGAGAUUCACAAUAUUACUGAAGAAGAUUUAGUGUUUCCUGGUAACUAUUUCUAUGAAAUGGCUCAAUACCAGCGAUCGAUUAUUAAUGAAUUUGGUAUCAGAUCAGAAGAUAUUUUACCAUUAAUACUCGAAAGAAAUGAUAUUAUUCGUACUAUUGCUUUGGAUGUAAAUUUAAAAUACCGGACGUGUUACUCAAUAGAUUUAGGAAACCCUCUUUCUGAAAAUUAUACUAUUGAAAGUACUGUACAACAUGUAGAUGGACAUCUGUAUCUGAAGGAUUCACGUACAGUUGGAGAGAUUUUCGUACAGUUCAAUCCAGCAGAUAUAUUCUGUCCAACUUAUCCACUUGGUGCUAUGGUGGCAAUUCAUUCUAAAGACUAUAUCAUUAACCCAUUUAAAAACGGAUUUCCGAUCUAUCCAAAAAAUAGAUACAUAAUUCAACUUAAACCUUUGAGGAAAUCAUUACUACCUGCACCAUAUGGCACCAAUUGUACUCAAUACAGAAAGACAGACAACGUAUCAUUUGAUAAAAUAUUAUCUCGUACUCGUUGUUUAUUUGAAUGUACAAAAAGACUCUGGAUAAAGAAUUGUGGAUGCAUUUCUCCAGAAUAUCCCUUUAUUAUUGAUGAAAAAUUUUGCGACAUACUAGAAAGCUAUCGUUGUUUAAAUGAAACAAAUGUGGAGUCUUGUUACAGUGAAUGUCAAAGAGAUUGUAUUCUCACUAUUUUCGAAUAUGAUAUCCAAAAUUUACCAAUACACAACUUUCAUAUAGAAAAAAACCUACUAACAAAUCCUUAUAGCACAAAUUGCUCUUAUUACGAGCGAUCUAAAGAAAAAUCUUUCGAUGAAUUAUAUACACGUCAGCGCUGCAUACUCGAUUGUCAGAAGGAGAAAUGGUUGGAAAGUUGUGGAUGCAUCACAGGAGAUUAUCCUUUCGAAACGGAUGAGACAUUUUGUUCAGGACGGGCAUAUAUGUGCUUACAUAGUAUAAAUACCGAUCAUUGCCACGAUAAAUGCCAAGUUGCAUGCCAAGCCACUGUUUUUGAAUAUGAAGUAGACGAUACUCCCAUCGAAUUUUACGACUUUGAUGUUCCUUUGGAAACUACCGAUGAAGAUAAGAAUAAAGAGUAUAGCAGAAAACAAGAGCAAGUAGCUGUAAUGAAUUUCUUCUUUAAUAGGCCGGAAUUAUUAAUAUAUAAAUACAAACCAAAAUUUCAGUCAAUAGAAUUAUUCAGUUACAUCGGUGGAUACAUUGGAAUGUGGCUUGGAAUAUCAUUGAUUGCCAUCUGCGAUUUGUUAGAAGUGAUCACUGUUUAUAUUUAUCAUAUAAUUACCAGAGAUAUUCCUAAUAUAGAAAAUUAUUAA